AUGGCCGUGUACCACUGUUCGCUGUGCCGCCGCACUUCUUUCUCGGGCCGCCGGCACCUCUACAGUCCCGCGCACCGGCGGCGGCUGCGGGAGGCGCUGGCCCAGCUGCAGCAGGAGGCAGCGGCCGCGCGGGCCGAGGCAGCAGCGGUGGCGGCCGGGGGGGACGGCGGGGCUCUGCCGGCCUACGACCCGGCCCAGCACAACCGACGCGUCUGGUGCCUGUGCUGCGGGCGCGGCGUGCGGAAGGACGGGCAGCGAGACGGAGUAGCGCUGCCGGGGGCCGGCCUGCUCCUGCACCUGUCGGGGCCGGAGCACCGCCGGGAGACGCUGCGAUUCUGGCGGGAGAACCGGGUGGAGGCAGCGGAGCGGGAGCGGGUCCUGGUGCCGGCCGAAGAGUACGAGCGCUGGGCUCGGGCGGCGGAGCAGGCCCUGGUUGCACGCCGGCGUCGAGAGGAGGAGCGGAUCCGGCAGAUGGCUGCUGGGAUCCGGGAGGCUGAGCGCAGGCAGCGGGAGACAGUUCAGGCGGCCCUGCAGCUUCAAGCAGAGAGAGAGCUUGGUUUGGGACCACCUGUGGGCAGACCCCUAGCAGGAGUCAGAAGGGACUCCUCAGGGGAUGUAGAGCAGCCUGGCCCAAGUGGGAUGCAGGCAGGACCCAACUUCAACUGGAUAGAACCAAGCCAGGCUCUGACCUUCAUUGGCCACCAGGAAACAGAAGGGAAAGGAAAUAUUCACACAGGAGCAAAACCUCCAUGGCUAACGGAGGAAGAGGAUGGACCAAUACAACAAAUUGGUCCUUCAUAUGAAGAGUUUCUGAAACAAAAAGAGAAGCAGAAGCUGAGAAAGCUCCCAGCAGAGCGUGUUGGUGCCAACUUUGAUCAUACCUCUCAGACUGGUGACAGCUGGCUCCCUUCCUUCGGGCGGGUCUGGAAUCAUGGGAGGAGAUGGCAGUCCAGGCAUCAGUUUAGAGCCGAAUCAGGAGAAAAGAAAAAAAGGUGAUCAUAAGAAGCACUGA